ACUAUUCAAUGACACAAAUUAAAAAAAAAGUUCAAUGGAGGCACUUGACGCACUUGACAAGCGUUUUAUUUUCAUUUUUCGAAAUUUAUCCUGACCCAAGCUAGAAAACUGAGAACGAGUUGAAGCACAAAUUAAAAGUGCAACGUACAAGUGUUCUAAAUAGAGGAAUACAGUGUUAGUGUUAUCGUUCGUGAUCAGCGUCGGAACGCUUGGUGUUUUGUAAUUAGUAUAGUACUUGUGGGGAAUACCAAGUAUCGAUGGCCGUUUGAACGUUUCCGUGGUGUAUUUGUUGAACUCCUGGAGCAGUGAGUCACCGUAGCAUAGUAUCGGGCGGUCGCCAUGGACACCGACGAUGGGGAAUCCUCGAGCAGCGGGCCGAUGUCCAGCUUAAAUAGCCUGUUUUCUUUCACAAGUCCUGCCGUCAAGAAACUUCUGGGCUGGAAACAGGGCGACGAGGAAGAAAAAUGGGCGGAGAAGGCCGUAGACAGCCUCGUGAAGAAGCUGAAGAAGAGGAAAGGAGCUAUAGAAGAAUUAGAGCGAGCACUUUCAUGCCCCGGAACUCCAUCUAAGUGCGUCACCAUACCACGCUCACUCGACGGCCGGUUACAGGUUUCCCACCGCAAAGGGCUGCCACACGUGAUUUACUGCCGCGUGUGGCGCUGGCCCGACCUACAGUCCCACCACGAGCUCAAGCCCCUCGAGAUCUGCCAAUACCCAUUCAGCGCCAAACAGAAGGAGGUCUGCAUCAACCCUUACCACUAUAAACGGGUGGAGAGCCCCGUCCUCCCUCCUGUCUUAGUACCACGACACUCGGAAUUCCCACCUGGGCAUUCUCACAUGCCCUUCCAAAGAACUGCGGAACCCGCAAUGCCCCACAAUGUCUCUUAUUCCGGAUCGGGCUUUCCCCCUUCGGCCAGUUCUGAACUCCCGGACACGCCUCCACCAGCGUACUCCCCGCCCUCGGACGACAUGGAACCACCGGGCGAAGUCGCGCCCGUGUCUUACCAGGAACCGGUAUAUUGGGCUUCAGUAGCCUACUACGAACUGAACUGCAGAGUUGGGGAGGUGUUUCAUUGCAACUCCCACGCGGUCGUCGUCGACGGCUUCACGGAUCCGUCCAACAACAGCGACAGAUUCUGCCUAGGACAACUGAGCAACGUCAACAGAAACUCGACUAUUGAAAACACCAGACGCCACAUAGGAAAAGGCGUGCAUUUGUACUACGUGGGCGGGGAAGUGUACGCCGAAUGUCUGUCCGACGCCGCCAUCUUCGUGCAGAGCCGCAACUGCAACCACCACCACGGUUUCCACGCCUCCACCGUGUGUAAGAUACCGCCCGGCUGCUCCCUGAAGAUCUUCAACAAUCGCGAGUUCGCGCAGCUGCUGUCUCAGAGCGUAAAUCACGGCUUCGAAGCGGUCUACGAGCUCACCAAGAUGUGCACGAUCCGAAUGUCGUUCGUGAAGGGAUGGGGAGCAGAGUACCACCGCCAGGACGUGACGUCGACCCCGUGCUGGAUCGAGAUCCAUCUCCACGGCCCGCUACAGUGGCUGGACAAAGUCCUGACGCAGAUGGGGUCACCCCACAACGCCAUCUCCUCUGUGUCCUAGCUGUGUGACCGAAUUCCGACCCCACCGUAUGUAUUUCCUUCGUAUUACUCGUGCGACCAUUUAAUGCACGCAAAUUGCCCUCGUAUUACUGCAUUUUAAACGCGAACAUUUUGUACAUUUGUACAUUAUUUUACUUUUAUAAACGUUUAAUUCGCGCAAUCUUUUACACAUUAUUCCUUAUGGGUAUCCGUUGUUAUACCUAUUCCUACAUGUUUUUAAUGGCUUUCGCAACCUCGGUAUUUUUUUUUACUUGAGAACAUUAUUGGGGGUUAAAAUUUAGUAGAGUUUAACACAGAAAUUGAAGUACAAAUUUCACUAAAAUGUAUGUGAUAAAAUGUGCGAAAGCUACUAAUGUCAAAUGCAGAUCUUAUUAUAAGACUCGCCAUACAUGGUAGCCCGGUAAAAAUGAAUUUGUUUGGUUACCACAGUGAUAUUGAAAAAAAAAACAAAUUAUGCAGUUCGAGUUUGAAUUUUGCAAUGUAGCUAUGUAUAUAGCGAGUUAUUUCUGGACCUUCAUAAAGCGUUUUGACGAAACCUUAGUGACAACGUUUUUAGUUCUAGUGCAGUACCUAUUUAAGUAAUAAAAUCCAAUUUAAUGACAAUGAGUGAUAAAACAGGAAGCAAAAAGAUAGCAAGGAAGGUAACAUAUUAGUACGUUGCAGCAAUACAAAAUUGAUACUAACUUGCCCAGAAGUAUUGACCCCGUCAUGCACGAGUCUGAAAUAAAAAAAAAUAUUAUACCUACAUAUUUAUGUAAACUAUUAAAAUGUAUUUAAACAUCUGUUAAUUACAAGGGCGAAGCGUCAAGGCUUGCGAAGGCCAAGGGCCAAGCUCCGCGUAGGGCCGAAGGCCCGAAGCGACACCUGAGAGGAGGCAGCUGGAGCUUAAACACGACCCAAUAGUAAGUGUCUUAGACAAGCGAAACGGCGGGCCGAAGGCCUGAGUACAGUCAGCAUCAAUGGUACAGCAGCGAAAAAAAACGCGCCAAAAGUAUCUGACCGCCUGUCUGAUAUAAAUAUAUUUCUAUAGUUUUUCAAAAGUAUCUUUCACUGUCCACACUCAUUGUUUAAUAUAUAAUAUAUCUCUUUGUAAAACCACGUGAGAAUGGUAGUUACAUACUUUUGACGCGUAGUUUCAUUUCAUCCCCUACUAUUGUUGCUUUUUGUACAAAAUCGUCCUAUUAAGCGACAGAUUACGAUACCUAAGUAAAGGAAGUUGAGGAUUUUUGUAUGACAAACGUAUAAGCUCUAUGGAACACCAUUCGUUAGUACGUAAAAAACAAAAAACUCCAGUCUAGUAUGUCAUUCCUUCCUUCCUGCCUUCCUUUAUAUUACGUCAUUUAAAUUUUCGAAAUUAAAGAAGUCAUGAAGUAAAAAUAUUCUACGUAUAAAAAUUAAAAUGGGUCAAUAUUUCUGGCCAGAUGUACAUUAUAGUGUGCAAUAUAAUAGCAGUUUAUUUAUAGUAGAGUAACUUGAGUAAAUAAUUUCUAAAAAUAGGUUAUGAACAAUAAUGCUUAGUCGUGAGCGGCACUAUCACUAGAUCCUAAAGCAAGCAAGCAAACAAACCAAAACCACAAGGAAGCAAACAAGUCGGUCAAAAAUCAACAGUCUUAACUUAAUGAUUGACCACUCACAUGCAUUCUGGGAGGAAGAUCGCCUUAGUUUUUUUUUUGUUUCAAAUGAAAUGGGUGCAGAUAGGUGGGUGGAUGGGUGGGAGCUUGGAUUGAAAAUAAUGGGCAAGAUACUAAAUUGAAAUGAUGGUACACAAUUGUAUAUUUUUCAUUGGAUUUUCCAGUUUUAUAAGAAUUGCCGCUAGGAAGUAAAAAGCCGGUUUUCAUCAUUAUUAUUAUUUUACUUACAAUAUUAUUUAGGUAAAGUUUAUAGUUAAUUUUGAAUUAGUGUUAAGUAGCGCAGAAGAAUAUUUAAAAAAAGUUUACUACUAAACUUUAGAUCAAUCAUAUUAGAACUAUAUGAUUGAUCUAAAGUUAAGAUUUUCCCUUAAUUUUAAUUUUCUCAUUGACUGCUAUUACAUUGCGCACAGCUGUAUAUGGAUGUAUUAUGUAAGCAAGCUAACGAAACUUCAUGUCUCAAAAAAGUCACAGUUCAUUAUUCUCUUGCUGAUAUUAUCGUUGGUAGAAGGAUACAAUGGCUAUAGGCGCAAGUAUACUGUUAUAGCUUCAAUAGUUUUUCUAAAUAAGCUCAAAGUAAGUGUCCAAGCCGUAAGUCAUCUAAGUGUAAUUGUUAAAAUAAGUAUAAAGACAUAAAUUAAGAAAUAAUUAUACUCUUAAAUGUUUAUGACAAGAUAGAUAUUAUCAAUGUACAUAAUGCUCUAUAAUGGUAUUUUUAUUUUAAACAAGUCCAAAUUUAUUGUAUGACAUCUUGCAUGCUUUUUGUCAAGGUGAAUCGGUGAUAUUAUCAAUAUAUGUACGGAUCGUAUGUUAUUUUAGGGCAUAUUUUUGUAAGAAUUAACGUACGUUCAUAGUGUAGUCAAAAAUGCAGCUUUAUAUUUAUGUAUUUUGUAUGUUUUGUGACUUUGCAAUAUUUAUACCAUUUGUAUAACGAAUUUAUGAUGUAGAAAUACCGCGUUUUAGAUCAGCCUUGUAUUUAUAGAGUAAAAAGUAUUGAGCAUUCCUUUUUUUCAUUAUUCGUAAUAAAACAGUUAUUUAUCAGUUAUAGAAUGUAACAUCAAACACGUCAAAUAAACUGCUAUGCAUCCUGUGUAUUUAUUACUAUCGUCAUAUAUAAUAUUUAUCAUAUAUAAUAAUUGCAUGUAGAAUGUACAUGGAUGCUCAAUACUUUUGAGCAAGGCUUUAUCGACACCAAUGUGCGAAUGUUCGCUCUGACAUUAUAUCUUGGUUUUUGAGAAGAAUUUUGCUACUGGAUACUACUGUAGAAGAAACAUACUUUGCAAUAUAUUGUAUAAAUUAUGUAAAAGUCACAGGUACAAUAGUUAAAUAAGUGAUAUGUGUUCUAUAUGUUGUAAUAAUCUAAAUCAUAGACUGUUAGUAAGACAUGCUUCUGAUUGUAUUAUCUCAUUUUGUUGCACCUUAUGCCCACAACAGAAUUCGCUUUAAUAUUUUCGCAAAUAUGGAGUUACUUUCGUUUGCAAUGCCUAUAAAAGGAAAAAGAUAGAACACGAGUAUUUGGACAUAUACGGCCAUCUGAGUUACUGGAAUCCGGAAUAAAGUAGCUUAUACGCUAACAGUUAAAAAAAUAAGUUUAUAAAUUUAUCUACUCUGACAUGUGAUGAAUGCAGGCUAUGCGUUAAAAAUAAUCUAAAAAGUUUACUUAAAAAAGACAUUUGGACAUAUACGGCCAUCUGAGUUACUGGAAUCCGGAAUAAAGUAGCUUAUACGCUAACAGUUAAAAAAAAUAAGUUUUAAUAAUUUAUCUACUCUGACAUGUGAUGAAUGCAGCUAUGCGUUAAAAAUAAUCUAAAAAGUUUACUUAAAAAAGACGGUAGCAGUCGUUUGGGAAAUGAAGUAUGAAUAUAAAUCUAAUACCAUUCAAUUUCAGUGACCUUAAAAAGUUAAAACAUAUUUCUACAGUUAAUGUGCCUAGUACUAUGUGCCUCAUAAUAUCUUACUAUAUGUUAUAUUUUGAAGUUGCUGACAUAUUACAUAUUCUAUGGAUUUCUUUUCUUUUCUUCGAUAAAAAAAUCGAGAGUUCUAGCCUCGCUUGCGCCUGAUAAAGCAAAAAAAUCUUCGAAUAAAGUACAAACAGAGGGUUUAAUGUAAACUUAUGUAGAUAUCUUGUAAGAUACAUUGCCAAGAAAACGUAGAAGAAACUUUUAUUCUCCCACAUGGAACCUAUUUCCAUUUUCCCUUUCAAUGGAAAACUAUAGACUUGUAACAGUUCUAACUUAUACCUUAUACUAAAUUGCGUAAUAUUUCUGAAGCACCACUGAACUCUAAUAAAAAGUACCUACCUAUUAACUCUUCUUAUAUUUCUAAAACUAAAUAGUUUGAGCCGUGCCUUGGUCAUGUGUUAACUAGUAAGCAGUAAUGCUAAUAGAGAAUGUUUUUUUAAUUUUUGAAUAUUACUUAGACAAGCAAUCAAGUAAUAUGUACACUUAUUAAGUUAAUAAAAAGUUUCAAAAGGUACAGUAAAAUAAUCAAACGUGGUUCAAGGGCGUACCGUACUUCGGCAGUUAUUUUCGAUUGCCCUUAGUAACCCUAUUGCUAUGUCGAUUUCUAAAAUAUCUAAUAUACCUAAGUCAACAUCUUCUGCUGCUUGAUGGAAUUAUUCAACCGAAGUACUAUAGUUCAGUGUAUGACACCAAAUCGGGACGUCCUAUGUCAAAAAUAAAGAUAAAAUUGAUCUCAAAAUAUAUUAAGAGCUAUAGUUCCUGAAGACGUCCCAUCGCCUUGAUAGUGCAAUGAAACUAAUGAAUAUUGAUUAGAUAGGCGUUGUGAAGACGAUUUAAUGAGUGUGUAUCAAAGUUUUGUGACUAUCCACAGUUUGUAAUACAAUGCGGUUGUUUAUGGCCUUUUUAAACUAGGUAGAGGUAAAGUUAGGGAACAAAUCAAAUUAUUUUAUCAAAAAUUUUGAUUUGUGUUUUUAAGUAGUCACAUUACUACAUAUAUUUAAAUUAUAAAAUAGAUCCGCCACUGGAGGGCUUUGUCACAUUUUCUUUAGUAUGUAUAAGACAUCUAUUUCAGUUUAUAGGUAAAGUUGGUUUUAUAUUGGCGGUUGAGAGUAAAUUAUAUUUAGGGCAAACUUGCGGCCUACUAGCUAUGCCAACAGGAAACCAAGUAAUAAUCGGAGCUCGAUUCAUAACAAUUCUAAACAAUUGCAAAGUAUGUAAAUGCCAGAAUAUCAAAUUCACUUCAUUCAAUUCGACUGUUCAUAAAUCAUAAAAUACAAUGUUUUUUUUGUCAAACCCGAUUAUAUUAAAAAAAUAUGACGGGUUUACCUACAGAAAUAUGUACCGAUCAGAAAUCGGAUAGCUUUCUUAGAUUACAGAAGUUAACAGAGUGUGUUGAAUAUGUUUAGGAGAUUUAUUUUGUACAUGUGUAUACAAAAGUUUCCACAUUUUAUUACGUUAUGGUACUGUAAAAGUAUUAGAUACACAAUAAGUAGACAGAAACGCAAAUAAACAGGUAGGGACAAACUGAGCCCACGUACGUAACGUAUGCAAUGCAUUAUGAAAUCUAGACCCUGAAAUUUGUAUACUUAGAAACAUACCAUACUUGUCAUACGCAACGCAACGUAUGACAAGUCUGUUUCUAAGCAUACAAAUUUCAGGGUCCAGAUUUCAUAAAGCAUUGCAUACGUCGCGUUGCGUGGGUUCAGUUUGUCCCUACCAUUACUUGUACCUAAACAGGUUUUAUAUAAAAAGAAUAGUUCCGAAUUUGAGGCCAAACCACCUUCAUAAUCAACUGAUUCUAGAAAUUUACCUCAGGGUUUACCUACUUGUCGCUUGUCGCCAUACAAACGGAAUAUCAAAAAUAACAGGUUAUAAAUUUAAUCUGGGUUUGUUAAAUUCUUUUUUGAAAUACUUUUUUUAAAAGAUUUGUGCACAUUCGCUAAAAUAUUUCAUCACAUAGUACCUAUAGACCAGUAAAAUAAAGUUGGUGUGGUCUCAUGAAAAAUUUUUAUUUCUAUGGACAGCGUGGCCUGUUAUAAUGUGCCUUUAAAUAUAAAUUCCCGUCCUGAGCUAGCGGGUUUGAAUUAUUAACAUAUAAAUAGACAGAUGUAAUUCUCAACGGACAGUUUUCUUAUUCGAUACCAUUACUAAUUUAUUCGAUACCAUUACUAACUGAAUUGUGAAUUUCUCACCAAUAAAAUUAUGUAAAACGUGAAAAGUAAAUUAACGACGAAAGUAUUUUAUGUAUUUACUUACAUUAUUGGUAAAAAUAACUUAUGUAAGGGUAUCGAACUCAAAUAUUUAGCUGUUAGAGGCGUAUUCUGAUUGUAAUAACAGGUAAUUGUAAUUUGAUCUGGAUUCCUCCUAUUUUUUUGUGCCUUAGAACAAUGUAUGCCUUAUGUUUUUUUACUAUAGGUACCUACGGUUAAAUAGUACAGUGUUGGUUGACCCAUAACAUGAAUAUAGUGCCUAUGCAAUAGUCGACGAGUGCAUGCCUUAAAUUUAUGACGUAUAUUAUAUUAAAUAAAAUAUAUUUUCUGCAUUUCGACAAGUUCUAUAUAUUGUGCAGAUAUACUCUUGGUCCUUUCAUACGUUAGCUUUUAAUACAAUAAAAUGGAAAUUUUAAUCGGUAGUAGUAAUUUAACGCGGAUUAUUGUUAUUAUUCUGUAUUUUUAGUAGAGUUAUAAAAUUUUGUACAUAACGUUUAUGAAUAGGUAAUGGUGUGGUUAUUGUACUUGUAUGUGUCUUGGUCGUUGUUUUGUUAUAAAAUUGUUUUUGGUUACGCGUUGGCAUUUGGACUUGGGUGUUUUUGCUGGUCUUGAACUUACUUUAGUCAACAAAAAACGUUCUUUUUUUAAUGAAAAAAAAAUUAGAAAUGAAAAUAAUUUACCUAUACACACAAUAUUAAAAAUAACAGAAGAUUUUUAACUUAUUUUCACCUGUUGAGAGUCAAAUUCGUUUGUCGCGCGGCAGAUAGCCUCGUGUAAACCCAUUUGCUGGUUAGGUAUUGAUUAAAAACAACUAGGCAAAUUAAAACGGUAUCUGUUUAUAGUUCGUUUUUUUUAGCAUUAGAUAAAAGGUAAGCGAUCUUGACAUGUCUUUUAAUUGAAUAACGCUUUUUUAAAAUCAGUAACUAUUACUUAUGAAAGCAGAAGAAUAUAAAUGACCGUAUUAGAUUCAUGAUUGUUACAUAUUUGCUGUGACUUAUUUUUAAUACGUGUUUUUCAAUUAAAAGACACAUCAAGAUUGUUUACCUUAUUUCUAAUGCUAAAAAAACGAACUAUAGUCCGUUAUGUAACAGUCGGUUGGUUUAUUGGGGAGGUACUCGGUUUAUUUGUUUUUUUUUUCUGAUAUAUGUGGCUUUCCAUCAAGCAUUUCCCUAUGCUUUAAGUGCAAUAAGAUACUUAUUAUCUGAAAUUCCAACAAAUACUGAUAGAAAGGUCCUUAUUGCACAUGAAGCAUAAGGACCUUUCUCUGAUGGAAAGCCACAUGUAUUCUUGCUAGAUAAAAGAAUAUGAUCUAAUACACCAAGUCCAUGUGUAUAAAUUGUGUCAGUAAUCGUGAGCAGGAUUGUGGAUGUCUAAAUUAGUAUAAAACGUUUUAGAGUUAUAGAACAUAUUUCAUGUUUUGUUGCAUCUCUUUUUAUGCAUGAUAAAGAUGUAAAAGUGUAAUUUCGACUUUAUUGGUUGUUUACUUUUCAAACCAUUUUUGGAAAAAGCAUUUUUGACAAGUGUAAGGGACUGAGAGCCUAUAAAAUUAUGUUGUACAAAAAUUUAUGACUACUUGAAUUAAGUUCUCGCUAAAUAAGUUAGUGUAAGUGCAAAGAUGCCAUCUGUAAUUUUUAUUCAUCUCCGUUAGGGAAUAAAGUUUCUUUUAUUA